AUGGAGGUGUCGCUGAUGGAGGGGGGGAUCGCGCGGCUGCAGAGCCCUGUCCUCCCUUCGAGGCUCGCGGAUCUCGGCUUCGGCGUCGGGAGCGCCCCCCGCGAACUCGGAAGCAUCUGGCGGUGGGGUGUCCUCCUCCUCCUCGCCGCCCUCGCCGCCUACGGCAGCCUCAUCGCACGGCUGAGGCUUUUGGCACGGGCUUUUCGCCGGAGCCGAGGAAAAUCCGCGAUGCAGCAGCAUUCCCAACAACCGGGCAUUUUUUCCAGCGGCGACGUCGACGACGACGACGACGACGAUGACGAUGCGUGGUCGUCGUGCUCCCCCGACGAAGACGGCGAGGAGGACAGGCUCAUCCCCUCUUGGGAAGAUCCAGGAGAGGAGGACCAGAGGGUGAGGGAGGGGUAUCUUGGCGAUUUUGUGGAGUACGAUGGCCUCGACGGCUGUUUUGACCUCCGAUGGCUUUCGGAGCUGGCCCUGCGAGGAAGGGAGGUCGUGAAAGCUUGGAAGAGGGAGGACCUCUCAUUCGACGCCGCCGACGGCGGCACCGGCGGCCCCCCACUCUGGGAUCUCGACAGAGGGGAGGUCAUCCGGUCGUUCGCGGUGGACAGUAGCCCGGUCGCCGCGCCGGCGCUGGUUCUGUCCGCCGGGGACUCUGCCAGCGGUUGCGGCCUGGAGAUCCGAGUAUGGGACGCGAGAACCGGCGGCGAAACCCCGGCGGCGUCUGCCGACCUCCCUCUACGCCUACGGCGCAGGGUCCUGCGCCUCGGCGGCACGGGGAAGUUACUGUACGUAGGCGACGGCGCCGGAUCUUCCGCGGCGGUAGACCUGAGGAAGGUGAGAUCGCUGGUGGGGAGGGUGACGGAGGACGACGCAACCUGGUGGGACGCGGACGCCGUUGUGGUCGGCGGCGGUGACUUGGUAGGAUUCCGGACUGACGUCUCGCGGUCAGCCCCCGCCUACCGCUUUUCUCCCUGGCGCAAGUAA